UUUUUCUCGUGCUUACAGAAACAUACUGGAUUUUAACUAUGACUAUCAUUAAGCCAUAUUGUGCGUCGUUUCUCUCUUUUUCACUCGAAUCGGUGAUGCAAAUCUGAUCCAAAAUGAAGUUUGGGAAGAAUAUAUGCAUCCUAAACGUUGGUGGCACCAAGUAUGCUUUCACUAGAGAAGUUAUAAAGGAUUUUCCACUCCGAAGAGUGAGCAGACUCCACAGCUGUUCCUCUGAAAAAGAGGUCUUGGAGGUAUGUGAUGAUUAUGACCGAGAGAGGAACGAGUUUUUCUUCGACAGGCACUCCGAGGCUUUUGUCUUUAUUAUGCUUUAUGUGCGAUCUGGAAAGCUCAGGUUUGUCCCGCAGAUGUGCGAGCUUUCCUUUUACAACGAGAUGAUCUACUGGGGUUUGGAGAGCUCACAUUUGGAGUUUUGCUGCCAGCGACGAUUGGAAGAUAGGAUGUCCGACACUUACACGUACUUUUCAGAGGAGGACAUCAAGACUGAGGUGGAGUCCACAGGUGAGGAGGAUCAGGUCACCAGGUUCGCCUCCGAGAGAGGGAACGCGCGGUGGCUGGAGAGGAUGCGGAGGACUUUUGAGGAACCAGCUUCCUCUGUCGCUGCGCAGAUCCUGGCAUCAGUGUCAGUGGUUUUUGUCAUUAUGUCUAUGGUCAUCCUCUGUGCGAGUACUCUACCGGACUGGGAUACAGCAAAAAACAAUACAGUGGAAGAACACAGGAUCAUCGAGGCAGUAUGCAUUGGCUGGUUCACUGCCGAAUGCAUAGUGCGCUUCAUUGUCUCACGGGACAAAUGUGAGUUUGUGCGCCGCCCCCUUAACAUUAUUGACUUCCUGGCGAUCACACCUUACUACGUGUCUGUCGCUGUGACAGCGCUAACAGGAGAAAACCCUCAACUACAGCGUGCAGGAGUCACCCUGCGUGUACUACGAAUGAUGCGCAUCUUUUGGCUAAUCAAGCUGGCGCGUCACUUCCUCGGGCUGCAGACGCUCGGGCUGACGCUGCGUAGGUGCUACCGCGAAAUGGUCAUGCUGCUGGUGUUUGUCUGCGUCGCGAUGGCGAUAUUCAGCGCCCUGGCACAGCUGUUGGAGCACGGCCUUGACCUGGAGACUAGCAAUGAGGACUACGCCAGCAUCCCGGCAGCCUGCUGGUGGGUUAUUAUCUCCAUGACGACCGUCGGCUAUGGAGACAUGUACCCCAUCACCAUUCCGGGACGCGUGCUGGGUGGCGUGUGCGUUGUGAGUGGCAUUGUGCUGCUGGCUCUGCCCAUUACCUUUAUCUACUAG